UUCUAUUGUUUUUAUUUAAAAAGCUUGUAUUUCUCUUCAUUUCCAAUGUGCUCUGAUCACAUGCAAUGAAACUUUUUUGCGAUUUGUUUUUUUUUUUUUACAGUUACUGGGUUAAUUGAUUCAUCCACACUUCAUUUUUCUUGAUUAGCUUAAUAUUAAAGGAAUUGUUUGUUAUUCUUUUAAAACUUUAAACACGAGUUUUAAAUUGUUAUUGGCCUGGAACCCUACAGUGCUAGCAACUACUUAGGAUCAAUGGGUUUCAUUUAUAUUUUAUUUUAUGGCUUUAUAAGCUCAACUGUGAUCUGCAUGUAAGUAAAGUUUUUCUUUUGUUCAAAGCUUGUUUCAUCUUUUUUUCCCCACUCAGGAUUUGUUGAUUCUCUGUAUGGCUAUCAAAAAGGAAUUUGCAUUUGUUCUUUUCUAUAGCGUGUAUGAAAUCCUUUGCAUUUGUUCGUUUAUUUAGUGAUUUUUCUAUGUCGGUUCUUUUCUGUAGACUACAGUCUGCUUUUUGCGAGAGUAAUGUUUUAUAGUUGUAUGUAUGUACGUCUUGGGUUUUAAUUUGUGCUUCAAAGUUACAGAAUUGUGUGUUGUUAAGUGAAAUAUUUAAGCCUAUAUAUAUUUAUAUUUAUAUUAUGUUUAUCUCUAUAUUUUAUAUUUAUAUCAUGCUAAAGCUGUUUGCUUUCUUAGGGUUUAUUUUUUGUUUGAAUUUUAAGUUUUCCUAAGACAUAAAUGCUACCCUUGAAUCAGACAACAGUGCUUGAAGAUUGCACCUGGAAAUAUUAGUUUCAGAAAGCCUAUUUACAAACUAUUAUCCUGUUUUAAAGAGAUUUAGAUGCUUGCCAAACGUGAGAUUGCUGUUGUGACUUAUGCUUUAAUGAUGUAAAAUUUUUCUAUUUUUGUUUCAUGUGAAGAGUAUUUAAUGUUGUUUCUAAAGAAAUGCUGAUAAAACUAUCUUAAUGGUCCUUGGAAAAUUCUCUUCUCAAAAGAAGUUUUUGAGAUGCCCCUUAAAGUUGGAUCUUUUUAUCUUGUCGUGCUGGUAAAUUUUUGCUUUUUGAUGAUUGAUUUGUAGCUUUGAAUGUUAAGGAUAAUAAAGCAACUAUUUUAAUAAUGAUUAUGUGGUAGAUAGAUUAUAAUGUAGAAUAUCACUUUUCUUUGUGGGAGCUCUUGGGGAAAGUGGAUUGUCACAUCACAUGAACCGGUGUUGAAUAUGAGUUUUAAUACUUGGGCAAGCUGUAGGGACCAUGGCUUUUGGUAGUGUUUACUGCUUUGCUUUCAUCCUUUACAAUUUCUCAUUAGACUAGUGGACUGUUUACAUACAUUUUUCAUUAGACUAGCGUGCAAUUUGUCUUGCAUUUUGCACAAUCCAGCCCAAACAUGUGGGUUGUCUUUGGUAGUCCUGCAAAGUAAAUGUCUCCAUUGCAGUAUUUAUAGCUUUUGAAGUAAUCAAAUCAUCACCUGGAGUUAAGGUGACAGACAAAACUGGUUGUGCCACCACACAAGAACCAAUGAUGGGAGUCGGGUUUAUGUCAUUUUCAUAUAUAUAAUGAGAGACGUAUGUGUAGUUACCUGUAAAAAUGAUGUAAGAGGUUUGGUUAUUGUGGUACUUACAUUGUGGCUGAACACUCUCCCUUGAACUGCAUGGAUUAAUGGGGAGUGAGCAAGUUUUAUACCUGAAACACUAAGGGCCUAUGGAACCUAAUGGUCAUAGGAGAGUGAGGAGAAGGGAUCAUCUUGUUCAAGAAAAUGGAGAUACUGGUUUAUCAUGUUCCGUUGAUGAACUGGAUCCAUGGACUGCAUGGGCAUACAAGCCUCGUACUAUUUCAUUAUUAUUUAUUGGUGCAUGCUUUCUUAUAUGGGCAAGUGGAGCCCUUGAUCCUGAGAGCAGUGAGUCUGGCGAUCUUGUAACAUCCGUAAAAAGGGGUGUAUGGGCAAUGAUUGCAGUUUUUCUUGCUUAUUGCUUGCUGCAGGCUCCAUCCACCGUCCUUAUUCGGCCUCAUCCUGCAAUUUGGCGUUUAGUUCACGGAAUGGCUGUUGUUUACCUUGUCGCACUCACAUUUUUACUUUUUCAGAAGCGUGAUGAUGCUAGGCAAUUUAUGAAGUUUCUUCAUCCUGACCUUGGUGUUGAGCUUCCAGAAAGAUCCUAUGGUGCUGAUUGUCGCAUUUAUAUUCCUGAAAAUCCCUCUAGCAGGUUUAAGAAUGUUUAUGAAACGCUAUUUGAUGAAUUUGUUCUAGCCCACAUCUUUGGUUGGUGGGGCAAGGCCAUUUUAAUCCGCAAUCAGCCGCUUCUCUGGGUCCUCUCAAUUGGAUUCGAGUUGAUGGAGUUUACCUUCCGACACAUGCUACCAAACUUUAAUGAGUGCUGGUGGGACAGCAUUAUUCUCGAUAUUUUAACGUGUAAUUGGUUUGGUAUUUGGGCUGGAAUGCAUACUGUUAGGUACUUUGAUGGGAGAACUUAUGAGUGGGUUGGUAUAAGUCGCCAGCCGAACAUCAUUGGCAAAUUUAAACGGACAUUAGGUCAAUUUACACCAGCACAGUGGGACAAAGAUGAAUGGCACCCCCUGCUUGGUCCAUGGCGUUUCAUUCAAGUUCUCAGCCUUUGCAUUGUUUUCUUGACAGUAGAACUCAAUACAUUCUUUCUAAAGUUUUGUCUCUGGAUUCCUCCCCGAAACCCUGUGAUUGUGUAUAGGUUGAUCUUGUGGUGGCUAAUAGCAAUACCAACAAUUCGUGAGUAUAACUCAUACCUUCAAGACCGAAAACCAGUGAAAAAGGUUGGAGCUUUUUGUUGGCUUUCCCUUGCAAUUUGCAUCGUUGAGCUUCUUAUUUGCAUCAAGUUUGGACACGGUUUAUAUCCUAAGCCAAUGCCAAAAUGGUUUGUAAUUUUCUGGUUGUCUGUUGGAGUGGCUCUUGUUUUAUUCCUUCUCAUUUGGUCUUGGAAACUGCAUCAGAGUUACAGCAAAAAGAGACGAUAAUUUUGGCAAUUCGGUACAAUAUUCUUUGUUUACUUACUAUCGAUGUGGGUAUCUGUCAAUGGCUGUAAAUACUUAUCCCUUCAUAAAUUGUAAAUGCUUAUUCUUAGGAUAGUGGAUCACAGAUUCAAGUCCAAGAUAUUUAUUCUUUGUUCUUAGGUAGUGAGAAAUGCUUCUAAUGUCAAGCUCGCAAGUUCACAGUUUGCCACCAGUUGCCAAUGUGGCAAAAUUUUCCGAACUUGUCAGUAUGAACUGUUUUAGAUUUAGGAGCUUUCAUUGCUGUGUCUCAUUUUUCAGAUGCAAUUUAUUUGAUUGUAUUUGGCUGCCACUUCACUCUUAAGAAAAAAAAAUAAAAGAAAUCUUUUUAUA